AUGUGGUGGAUGCGACCGAUGCGUUGUCUGCGAGGCGCUGGGUCCCGCCUGUACGCUGGUAUGCACGACCCCCUCGACCACGUGACUGGUCUAGAGAAGAGAGAGCUACUCGCACACUUAGCGGGCGACUGUGAUCCAUUCCGUAUUAUGUCUAUCAGAAAAGGUCCGGGUACCAGAGAGCGACCUAACUUGAUCCCAAGUUCGAAUGACAAACGUCUGGUGGCGUGCAGCUGCAGUCCAUGCGACAACCACCUGGAGUUCAUGUGGCUACACCUCGGCUGCCCAAAGAGGUGCGGCUGUGGGUACUGGUUUGAACUCUGUCCAGUAGCACCUCUUUAG